AUGGUCACUAUUGCAGUUGCAGGCGGUACAGGUAACGUUGGCCGCUCCAUUGUCGAAGCCAUCGUUGCGGCAGGAAAGCACGAAGUCAUCAUCUUGAGUCGACAGGAGAACAAGCCCCUUGAGGAGAAACUCGGCGUUCCUAUUCUCGCAGUAAACUCCCAAGAUGUUGAAGAACUCACCCAACUCUUCGAAAAGCACAAUGUGCACACCGUCAUCUCAACCAUCGGGACAAAUGGACCUACGCCACCAGAGACUAGCAUGAUCCGCGCUGCAGAAGCUGCAAAUUCGACAAAACGAUUCAUCACGAGCGACUGGGGACUUCCCCACACUGAAGAACACGCCUCGCAAGCAAACUCUGCUAACAACAAGCUCCGCGCCCAAGACGAGUUGCGAAAGACGAAUCUCGAGUGGACGUCGAUCCACAACGGCUUCUUCAUUGAUUUCUGGGGCUCAUCUGCAACCAAAUCUCAUAUGCAUACCACAGCUACCUUUGUCGACAUUACUCAUCGUACAGCAGCUAUUCCUGGAUCUGGGGAUGUCCCUGUGGCGUUUACUUACAGUCGAGAUGUAGCACAGUACGUGUCUGCAUUUCUUGACUUGGAUAAGUGGGAGCAAUCAACAUUCAUCAUUGGAGAUAAAGUUACAUUCCACGAACUUGUGAAGAUUGCAGAAGCUGCUACUGGUGAUAAGUUCUCCGUGACUUAUGAUAGCGUUGAGAAGAUGGAAAAAGGAGAGUUGACCGAGUUGCCAGGCCAUGUCCCGAUGUACUCUCGAGUUCCCAAGGCUCUUCUGCAGAAAGUCAUGUCUGUCUAUGGCUUGUGGUCUGAGAAGGGUGCUUUCAACUUGGACGAGAGUAGGACCUUGAACCAAAAGUUUCCUGAUAUCAAGCCUACCAGCGUCAAGGCUUUCCUAGAGGAAGCUUGGGGGAAUCAGAAGGAAUGA